CAGAAAGUGAAAUCAAAAGCACCUUCCCUUUCACUCAAAUCUGCAACAGCAUGGAGUAAGGUCAAAUCCAUCUUUGAAACAUAUCAUUCGGAUCCUGUGUGAUGUAACUGGAGCUAGUACAGUGCUGUAGAGAAUUAUGCAAUUUAGCCUGGAUAUUAAUUUGUUCUGGAGAAUGAUUUAGUAUCCAUUUGUCUACAAUGGCUAAUUCAUGCAGAAAACUGAUAUUUAAUAUUUACAUGGGAUUUUACUGCUCAGCCAUCUUGCCCAAAAUAUGCAUUUGUUCUCAAUUUUCAAUGUCAUCUAUUGAUCUGUUAAAUACAGACCCUGGGGCUUUCCCAGUAGCCACCAGUGGGGAACCAUUUCCUUGGAAUAAGCUAAGGCUCCCCAGCAUGGUCGUUCCCCUCCACUAUGACCUCUUGGUCCAUCCAAAUCUCACCUCUCUGGACUUUGUUGCAUCUGAGAAGAUUGAAGUCCUGGUCAGAGAUGCAACCCAAUUUAUCAUCUUGCAUAGCAAAGAUCUUGAAAUCAUGAAUGUCAUCCUUCAAUCAGAGGAAGAUCUGAGAUACAGGAAACCAGGGAAAAGGCUGAACAUUUUGCAUUAUCCUGCUCAUGAACAAAUUGCACUGUUGGUUCCAGAGAAACUUAUGGCUGAUUUGAGAUACUCUGUGGCAAUUGAUUUCCAGGCCAAUUUAGCCAACGGUUUUGAAGGAUUUUAUAAAAGCACAUACAGAACUCAUGGUGGUAAAACAAGAAUAAUUGCAGUAACGGAUUUUGAGCCAACUGGAGCACGGAUGGCUUUCCCUUGUUUUGAUGAACCACUGUUUAAAGCCAAAUUUUCCAUCAAGAUAAGAAGAGAAAGUGGACACGUUGCACUCUCCAACAUGCCAAAGGUUAAGACAAUUGAACUUGAGGGAGGCAUCUUAGAAGAUCACUUUGAAACUUCAGUAAAAAUGAGUACAUACCUUGUAGCCUACGUAGUUUGUGAUUUCAUCUCUGUGAGUGGCACAACCUCCUCAGGGGUCAAGGUGUCUAUCUAUGCAUCCCCAGACAAAUGGAGUCAAACACAUUAUGCUUUGGAAGCAUCAUUAAAGCUACUUAAUUUUUAUGAAAAUUACUUUGAUAUCAACUAUCCACUCCCCAAACUGGAUCUAAUUGCCAUUCCUGACUUUGAAUCUGGAGCCAUGGAAAAUUGGGGCCUCAUCACAUAUAAAGAGACAUCCCUGCUCUUUGAUACUAAGACUUCUUCUGCUUCUGAUAAACUAUGGGUCACCAAAGUCAUAGCCCAUGAACUAGCACACCAGUGGUUUGGGAACCUGGUUACAAUGGAAUGGUGGAAUGAUAUUUGGCUCAAUGAAGGUUUUGCAACAUACAUGGAACUCAUCUCUCUUAAUGCCACAUAUCCAGAGCUACAAUUUGAUGAUGGUUUUUGCCAUACAUGUUUUGCAGUAAUUAAAAAGGAUUCAUUAAAUUCAUCCCAUCCUAUCUCCAACCAAGCAGAAACUCCUACUCAGAUACAGGAAAUGUUUGAUGCGGUUUCCUAUAACAAGGGAGCUUGUAUUUUGAAUAUGCUAAAAGAUUUUCUGAAUGAGGAGAAAUUUCGCAAAGGAGUUAUUUACUACUUAAAGAAAUUCAGUUAUGGAAAUGCUAAAAAUGAUGAUUUGUGGAGAAGUCUGUCAAAUAGUUGUCUAGAUGAUUUUACAUCUGGUGAAUUUUGUUAUUCCAAUUCCAAGAUGACAAGCAAUAUACUGGCCUUUCUGGGGGAGCAUGUGGACGUCAAGCAGAUGAUGAGGACCUGGACUCUGCAGAAAGGACUUCCCCUCCUGGUGAUUGAACGAGAAGGGCAUUCCCUCAAACUGAGGCAGGAGCGCUUCCUGAGCGGAGUCUUCAAGGAGGACCCUGAGUGGACGGCCCUGCAGGAAGGGUUCCUCUGGCAUAUUCCACUGACCUACUCCACAAGUUCCUCUAAUGUGGUUCAUAGACACGUUCUAAAAUCAAGGACAGACACUCUGGAAUUAUCUGAAAAGACCAGUUGGGUGAAAUUCAAUGUGGACUCAAACGGCUACUACAUUGUUCACUAUGAGGGGCAUGGAUGGGACCAACUUAUUACACAGCUGAGUCAGAAUCACACACUUCUCAGACCUAAGGACAGAGUAGGUCUGAUUCAUGAUGCGUUUCAGCUAGUAAGUGCAGGAAGGUUGACCCUAGACAAAGCCCUUGAUCUGACUCGCUAUCUCCAACAUGAAACAAGCAUCCCUGCACUUCUCAAAGGUCUGGAAUACUUAGAACUAUUUUACCACAUGAUGCACAGAAGGAAUAUUUCAGAUGUCACUGAAAACCUCAAGCGUUACAUUCUCCGAUAUUUUAAGCCGGUGAUUGACAUGCAAAGCUGGAGUGACAAGGGCUCAGUCUGGGACAGACUGCUUCGCUCGACCAUCUUAAAAUUGGCCUGUUACCUGAACCAUGCUCCUUGCAUCCAGAAGGCAACUGAACUCUUCUCUCAGUGGAUGGAAUCCAGUGGAAAAUUAACAUUAAUUGAACUAGGAAUGGAAGGAGAAGUCAUCAAGACUCAAGAGUUGGGCCUCCUUUUUCAUGCGAUCACCAGAAGUCCACAGGGGCAGCAAUUAGCCUGGAAUUUUUUGAGAGAAAAUUGGACCCAUCUCCUUAAAAAAUUUGACUUGGGCUCACAUGCUAUGAGAAUAAUCAUCUCUGGCACAACAUCUCACUUUUCUUCCAAGGAUGAGUUGCAAGAGGUGAAACUCUUCUUUGAAUCUCUUGAGGCCCAAGGAUUACAUCUGGAUAUUUUUCAAAUUAUUUUGGAAACCAUAUCCAAAAAUAUUAAGUGGCUGGAGAAGAAUCUUCCCACUCUGAAGACUUGGCUACUGGUUAGUUCUUAAGUGGUCAGUAGAAAGAGCACUUUGGUUGUGGACAUGAAGUCAACAAAGCUCAAGUCAAAGCUCUGGAUAUUUCGCCUAAGCCACCAAGCAGCCUCAAGAAACCAGCCAGCUCAACUGCCUACCCUCACGGCUGUCUCUAGCUGACAGAUGUAUGAUGUUGAGGUCGGGGAAAUCCACUUCAGUAGCCUAUUUAAAAGUAAACUUCCUGAGUAAUGGAGAUAUGUUGAAAUGUGAAUAUAGAUAUAUAGACAUAGCUGUAAUAGAUUAGCCACACGGCACAUUAUCUACAUUGCCUUACACCAUGCUACUUUUUUUGCUUCUUUGAUGCUUUUUCUAACCUGCUUAGUAUCCUGGAGUUUGCCCAGCCAGUUUUACCUUCAAGGAAACAUAGCCAAUUCUUUUUUAAAAAAUCUUUCAUUUACAUCCUUUCGUCUCCUCCUUUUCUUCCUCUUUCAUCUCAGCCUGCAUAGUUCAUUUGAUUUCUACCAUUCAUGGACAACCUGAAUCAAAUUAUGAAGUAUAAGGAUCAGGAAAACAGAGAAUUUGUCACCAAAUCUCAGAUUAUUAGAAGCUAGGUGUCAGAGUUUAUUAACAAAAUCAGGAGGGCUACUUGGCUUGAACCUCACAUUUAUUUUUAAUAUUUUAUUUAUUUAUUUGAGAGAGAACACAGGCAGGGAGGAGGGGCAGAGGGAGAAAGAGAAGCAGAACCCCUACUGAGCAGGGUGGGUUCAGUCCCCACUCUGGGGACCCUGGGAUCAUGGCUUGAGCCAAAGGCAGGUGCCUAAUCAACUGAGCCGCCCAGGUGCCCCAAGCCUCACAUUCUUAAUGAGCCUCAAGUAUAGCCUUCUGAGGUCAUCUCCACGGGCAGCAAAAUCUGUAGUCACAGAGGCUCAGGAGAGAACAAUGAUACCUCACCACUUUAAACCAUACACUGUCACUUUUUAAAAAGAUUUUAUUUAUUUAUUUAUGAGAAACAGAUUGAGAGAGAGAGAGGCAGAGACAUAGGCACAGGGAGAAGCAGGUUCCAUGCAGGGAGCCCAAUGUGGGACUGGAUCCCGGGACUCCAGGAUCACGUCCUGAGCUGAAGGGAGGCGCUCAGCCACUGAGCCACCCAGGCGUCCCUACACUCAAAUUUUUAAUCUUUUGAAAAUUGCAAAAUUAGUUGGUGUUGUGUAUAUUUCCAGUUAACUCAGGUUUAAUGUAAAUAUUUAAAUGAAUCAUCAUACUUUAUAAUUCAGUUUUAGCAUUUCUUUAUAUUUUUAAAGGAAACUUGACCUCUGAAACGUAUUUCUAGAUGCUUCUCUGAAUUAUUUUAAUAAGGUAUUUGGAAUGAACAAAGAAACCACCACUCCAAAUACAGGUUGUAAAUUUAAUAAAUUCAUGUACCCAUGUAUGAAUCAGUAUGAAGAUAUAAACAUGUUCUAGAAAAAUUUGAAUCAAUACACAGAUGAUUAACUUUUCUGGGCUAUUAAGGGAAGCUGGGAUGUUGGGGCAGAGGUGAGGUGGGAAGGGUAUUGACUAGUCCAUUUUGGAGUGAUAUCUUGAAGGUUUAUAGAUCUUUCUUUGGUGCCACAGUCAGAGAGAGGGUACAAUUUGGAUAGACCAUGGGCAUGACAUUUUGUUAAGUUUUCAAACCAUUUCUUGGAAUCUUUGAUGUAUCCUUGGCUUUAGAUUUGACUUGGUUGUGGUCCUACCACAGUCUGUGUAACGCAUAUAUCCCUCUGCAAUUAUAUGUACUUUCAAAUAAAGAAACUGAAAAAGUAAA